AUGUAUGAACUGCAAAGCAGCGGUAAUUCGAGGGAGUGGAUGAGUUUCAAGGAUUAAAUAUAUAUUGCUUUCUGUUCUUCACGGGCGAAGUCCAAACUUCCUUAAGAAGAAGAGUCUGAAGCUCCUUUUUCAGAUCCUAAAAAGGUUUCAAAGUUUUUUCGAAAUCCCCUUUUCUUUACUUUUUUCCGUCUCCUUCUUUUUCUCCGCGUGUUCAUUGGAGAAACGGAACAUAGGCCGUAUGCAAUAAAGUGGAAAAUGAUUUUCUAUAUUAUUCAAUUUUCAGAUGAAAGUUUCUGAAAGGAAUACCAAACCUUCUUCUGCUAAACUUUUUUCACGUAUCCAACGUACAAAAAGUAAUGGUGAGAACGAAACUUCAGGCAAAAUAUUGAAAACGAACGGUUUGAUUUUUUAUUUUUGUAACAACUGUUAUUUCAUUAACAGAAAAAGAACGCAAAAUGCUUGGAAAAACGACAAUGGUAGCAGUCAAGAAUAAAACAAAAAAAGAGAAGACUCGCGAUAUUUGCGAUAGUAUUGAAAGCGUCUGCAAAAAUAGAACGUCACUUUCUGAUGAACAAGUGAGUCUCAGUGUUCAUCACAGUAAAUCAUGUUUUCAAAAGGUUCUUCGUGAUGCUCGAGAAAGUAAGAUUGUGGAUUUUGAAGACUUCAUGUGUGGGACGCGGUAUUCGCUUCAAUACAGAAGUUCGUAUACUUGAAAAUAUUUUUUUUCGCUUUUUUAAACCUAGUCUCCGUUUGAAUUUUUUUUUUUAACGAAUUGCUUUCACAGAAGACUGUUCCCUUGCGAAGGAUGUUCUGAAUAAUUUAACUGAGGAGAUGUCCUGUAUGAAGCCUUUUCAGAGAGGUUUUCUUUUUAUUUUUCUACGAGUUUUGAUUUGAUUUUAGAGCGCAUGCUGAAAAGUUUAAUGGUAAGCCUGAAUGUCUCUGUCAAGAAAAUGAGAAAGUUUAUGGUUUGUUUGAAAAAAAGUUGUGAUCAAAUACAAUUUAUUUAAGAAAGACGAAAAAUGA